AGCAAGGGAGGGAGGGGGCCAGCGGCCGCCCAACAGGCCCAGAUUAUCGCUGGUCAAAUACUCCCUGGCGCUGGCUAUUGUUUCCCCACGGGCGGGUGGUGAGCCUGGCCCUGCCUCUGAGCAAGUGUCCCUGCCGGUGAUGCCACCCACUGCCCGCCUGCGCCAUCAUGGACGCGCCCUUCGGCGGUAAGUGGAGGGCUGGGGAAGACUGGGUGCAGUCUGAGCACAGGCCUCGCUGGCUGGCCAGGCCCACCUCCCCUCGGAGGGUACUCAGGGGUGCCGUGGCCCCCAGGUGGCCAAGGGUGGAAGGAUCAUGGGCAGCCAUCUCCCCACAGCCCAGAGAGGGGUCAAGAGUUCUGUUUAUCUUACCAAAAACAUCUCUGGAAUGCCUCCUGGGGAACAAAGGGAGCUGGGGGGCUGGCCCUGGGAGCCCUCCUGAGGGGCUGCCAGAGGGAAGAGGGCAGCACAGGACCAUGUUGGGGGUCCCGGGAGCCUCCUUCCCAAGGCCCACAGGAAGAUCCAGCCUGAGAGGAGCUGGGGGAGAAACUUGGGAUGCAGGCCCUCCCCCAGGGAGCGGGGCCAGGCCCAGCCAGAGGGAAACAGCUGGCUGGGGUUGGGUGAAAGGCUGCCCACCUUUCAAGAGGGGGUCUUGUCUUGCUGCCGAGGCCUCUGUGGCCAGCCUCUAGGCGGCCCAGCCCUCCUCCUAUGCGGGGCUGGUGGAGGGCAGCCGCCAGGCUUGGCUCAGAAUGGGCUGGGAGUCAAGAGACCCUGCCCAGGGGAGACCUAGUGCCCAGACACCUGAAUGAGCGGGACCUGUACAUGAAGGCCGAGCCCCCGAUGCCCCCCUAUGCUGCCCUGGGGCAGGGGCUGGUGCCCACCGAUCUCCACCACACCCAGCAGCCCCAGAUGCUACACCAGCUGUUACAGCAACAUGGAGCCGAGCUCCCCACACACCCCUCCAAGAAGAGGAAGCACUCUGAAUCACCCCCCAACACCCUCAAUGCCCAGAUGCUGAAUGGAAUGAUCAAGCAGGAGCCUGGGACUGCUAUGGCCCUGCCCCCACACCCAGCUCGAGCCCCAUCCCCACCCUGGCCUCCCCAGGGCCCCCUGUCACCUGGCCCGGGCUCCUUGCCUCUCAGCAUUGCCCGGGUGCAGACGCCGCCGUGGCACCCCCCAGGUGCACCCUCACCAGGUCUCCUGCAGGACAAUGAUAGCCUCAGUGGCUCCUACCUGGACCCCAACUACCAGUCCAUCAAGUGGCAACCGCAUCAGCAGAACAAGUGGGCAACACUGUAUGACGCGAACUACAAGGAGCUGCCAAUGCUCACCUACCGGGUGGAUGCUGACAAGGGCUUCAACUUCUCGGUGGGCGACGAUGCCUUUGUAUGCCAGAAGAAGAACCACUUCCAGGUGACAGUGUACAUCGGCAUGCUGGGAGAGCCCAAGUACGUGAAGACGCCUGAAGGCCUCAAGCCCCUCGACUGCUUCUAUCUGAAGCUGCAUGGAGUGAAGCUGGAGGCUCUGAACCAGUCCAUCAACAUCGAGCAGUCGCAGUCAGACCGAAGCAAGCGGCCCUUCAACCCUGUCACGGUCAAUCUGCCCCCUGAGCAGGUCACGAAGGUGACUGUGGGGCGGUUGCACUUCAGUGAGACUACCGCCAACAACAUGCGCAAGAAGGGCAAGCCCAACCCCGACCAGAGGUACUUCAUGCUGGUGGUGGCGCUCCAGGCCCAUGCACAGAACCAGAACUACACGCUGGCCGCCCAGAUCUCAGAGCGCAUCAUUGUGCGGGCCUCCAACCCAGGCCAGUUUGAGAGUGACAGCGACGUGCUGUGGCAGCGGGCACAGGUGCCCGAUACCGUCUUCCACCACGGCCGCGUGGGCAUCAACACGGACCGGCCUGACGAGGCGCUGGUCGUACACGGCAACGUUAAGGUCAUGGGCUCGCUCAUGCACCCCUCGGACCUGCGGGCCAAGGAGCACGUGCAGGAGGUGGACACUACAGAGCAGCUGAAGAGGAUAUCGCGCAUGCGGCUGGUGCAUUACAGAUACAAGCCCGAGUUCGCAGCCACCGCCGGCAUCGAGGCUGCAGCCCCAGAAACAGCCCUACUGCCAGGAACCCCUCCCCUGGACUCCUGGAACUGCACCCUGGAGGUUCCGCCCCUCAGCCCCUGGAAAAUUGCGCCUCUCCAGGUCUUGGGUGUCAUUGCCCAGGAGGUGAAGGAGAUCCUGCCUGAGGCUGUGAAGGACACAGGAGACGUGGUCUUCGCCAAUGGGAAAACCAUAGAGAACUUCCUGGUGGUGAACAAGGAGCGCAUCUUCAUGGAGAAUGUGGGUGCUGUGAAGGAGCUGUGCAAGCUGACAGACAACCUGGAGACGCGCAUUGAUGAGCUGGAGCGCUGGAGCCACAAGCUGGCCAAACUGCGGCGACUGGACAGCCUCAAGUCCACUGGCAGCUCGGGCGCUUUCAGCCAUGCAGGGAGCCACUUCAGCCGGGCAGGCAGUGUACCCCACAAGAAGAGGCCCCCCAAGGUGACCAGCAAGUCGUCCUCUGUGGUCCCAGACCAGGCCUGCAUCAGCCAGCGCUUCCUGCAGGGAACCAUCAUUGCCCUGGUGGUGGUCAUGGCCUUCAGCGUGGUGUCCAUGUCCACACUGUAUGUUCUGAGCCUGCGCACAGAGGAGGACCUGGUAGAAACUGAUGGCUCUUUUGCCGUGUCCACUUCAUGUCUUCUGGCACUGCUCCGGCCCCAGCACCCUGGGGGGAGCGAGGCCAUGUGCCCAUGCAGGUCCAGCCAGAGCUUUGGGACCACUCAGCUCCGACAGUCCCCUGUGACCACUGGGCUGCCAGGCACACAGCCCUCUUUGUUGCUGGUUACCACCAGCCUGACCAGCUCAGCCCCAGGUCCGGCCAUCCGCUCCUUGGACCUGUGCUCCAGUCACCCCUGCCCAGUCGUCUGCUGCUCCUCACCCAUGCCCAGCCCUACCACUGGCCCUAAUCUUGGUCCCAGCUUUAACCCUGGCCAUGGUCUCAGCCCCAGGCCUAGCUCCUCCACCAACCACUCAGGCCCCAGUCAGAUGGCCCUGCUGCCAGUUACCAACAUCAGAGCCAAGUCCUGGGGCCUGUCAGCCAAUGGCAUCAGCCACUCCAAGCAUCCAAAGAGCUCAGUGCCCGUGGCCAGCCUUGUAGUCCCCUUCCCUGGGGUGCAGGGCAAAGCCAAAAGCAGCCCUGACCUUGGUCUCCAUCGCCGGGCCCGCCGAAGGGCACUGCAGCCCGGCCUGAGCCCUGCUCAGCACACUCAGGCCGGGGGCCAGACAGCCUCUCUCCUUGCAGACCCAGUGCCCUCCCUGACCUCCAUCCAGGUGCUGGAGAAUUCGAUGCCCAUCACCUCCCAUUACUGCGUUCCAGGGGACACCUGCAGGCCUGGAAAUGUCACCUACCACAUCCCUGUGAGCAGCGGCACCCCACUGCACCUCAGCCUGACCCUGCAGAUGAACUCCUCGUCUCCCGUGUCCGUGGUGCUCUGCAGCCUGAUAUCACAGGAGAAGCCGUGUGAGGAGGGAGUCUUCAUACAGAGCCUCCAUCCCCACCAGGACACCCAGGGCACUUCCCACCAGUGGCCAGUAACCAUCCUGUCCUUCCGUGAAUUCACCUACCACUUCCGGGUGGCACUGCUGGGUCAGGCCAACUGCAGCAUGGAGGCCCUGGUCCGGCCAGCCACAGACUACUACUUCCACUUUUACCGCCUGUGUGACUGAGCUGCCUUCUCCAAGGCAGCACCACACCAGGGCCCGGAACUCCCCAGGUGCCCCUUCCACACUGGAUGCAAUGGUGUUACACUGGAGCCUGCCGCCCGCCAGCUCUCUGCCGUUUGCUGGUAUUCCCUCGGCGACACUGGGCUGGGCUUGGCCCUCCCCGUGACUGGUGACACUGGAAGUCCUCACACUGGAGUUGCUGUUCCUGCUGGUCAGCCCUCACUUACCACAGAGGGAGCCAGAGAGACCUCCUGGGGCCAGGACAGGACCAUUCACAGAUGCCCAGAUAUGGUGGUUGGAGGGCUGGCUUCAAGUGCCCUGAAGGCAAGGGGAAGCCUGACUUUGUCCAGAGCCUGCCCUCCGUGCCUCCUCUUUUGAGACUGGGAGCCACCCCUCUUUUGGAGAGGACGUGCCUGCCUGAGAUCAGCCAGGGGCUUGGAUCCAGCCUUAAAGGAUUUGGCUGGACCUGUGCCUUGGUGAAGAGCAGACAUCCCUCACCCUCGAAGCUGCUCCCUGGCAGGUGGCUAGGUGGUGGACUUUUUGGGGUUUGACUGUUACACUGGACUUGGACUUCUAAGCUUUAAGUGUGGCCCAGGAGGUCGCUUUUCCCUGGGGGAACUUGGUUCCCAAGAGCUCCCAGGGCAGCUGAAGCCAGCCCUGGAUGGGCUGGAGAGACUGACCACAUGCCUUAUGUACACUUAAUGCCUGGCUGAACCAGUAGGGGCCUGUGGGCCAGGCAAGCCUUGGACCCUUGAACCUGGAGUAUCCCAGAAGGGAAGUCCCCUGUGAGCCCCCCGGAACGUGUUGCAGCCCCAUGGCCUGAGAGUUUCUGGAGCCCGCAGCAGUGUCAGUCACCGAUCAUUCUCUCUGAGCAGAGGAGCAGGAAUCCCUGCAAAGCAGUAGGCCAGUCUGGGUUGUGGGGGGAUGCAAAUAGUGUUUGCUGUUAUGAAAUUACUAAAAUGCACUUAAGCCAGGGCAGAAGGCUGGAAGGAUGGAGAUGGAAGGCCCAGAGCAGACCAGAGCCCUUGGGGGACAGGCCAAGACAGGACCCUGGCUCUAAUUCACCCCAGGGAGCCUGGAAACAUUCACCCAAUUCUGACCACCAAAACUCUGGCCUCUCCCUCCACUCUUGUUGGCUGGUGACCUUGUCUCCCCAAAUCAAGGGCUCCUGUACUGGGCUUGGACAGCCAAGCUGGGGAGACCCAUGCUCAGCAGCAGGCCCCACCUCUGCUUACUCCUCCCAGGAGCAGAGUGGUGGGCUUGGGUUAGGGAAGAAGUCUUAUCUCAAGUGCCAAUAUAAUCCUUUCUUAGAGGGUGCCUGGAGCAUUCUGAGGCCACACCCAGGCUUGUGGAAGGAGUGUGGAAGACACUUGGCCCCAUCUGCAUGGGUUCAGAAAUGGGAAUGAGAACUGCCAUCUUUGCCCUGUCAUGUUCUGCCACCUCUUUGGGAACCAGGCCAUGCCUGUCUCCUACCUCCCAUUCUCAGCUUUGAGUGGGAGGUCUUUCUGCGGGGGAGGCGAACCUAGAGGAAGCCUAUGAACUGUGGGCUCCCCUCUUGCCAGGGAUCUCAAAGCACUUAUCCUCAGGAUAGGGAAACACGAGGGGAAUCGGGGGAUAGCAGGAAUACCUCGCCUCCCGUCCCCUCCCCAGUUGUGGCUCCCCCCACCCCCGCCCCAUUCUGACAUAGGAAUUACAUGGCUCCCCACAGCAGACAGGGGGCAGAGCCUUCCUUCGUUCCUUAGGACGACUAUGUUCUCCCUCCCCCCGCUGGUGGUGCCCUCCCUAAAUGCCUUAAAACUGCGGAGCCCUACCCGUUAUAAUAGGAUUCUGGGUGAGAGUGCGUGUUCUUGGACUGUAGGCUUCCUCAGUCCUAACUGGAAGUGACCCUCCACUGUUCCCUGGAGCCCAUCUGGACACAGCAGAGCCCCAAUCUGGUUAGCAGCUGGCUGUUUCCAUGCCUGGGGAGGGGGUCCUCAGUGCAAGGAUUGGGGCCAGGCUGGGGCUCCAAGCUGCUCAAGGGGUGGGUCAACCUUGGACCAAAGUUGCCUUAGCCCAGUUAAGAUAAAAGGGCUUCAGGGGAGUGGGCCACCUGCUGGAGGCUGACGGCUGCUUCACUGGCGCUGGUGAGUGGGUGUCUUGGCUCCAUUCCCUACCCGGGCUCCAGCAGCUAUCCCUCCCUUCCUCUCCCCUUUGGCAUUUAUUCCUGUAGCCGCUGGGCUAAUCUCCCCCAAGCUUCAAGCUGUGCAUAGGGUCUCUCAAUGCACAAGUCCCCCUGCCUGUUAUAUCCCCCAUAAAAGCCUACAUGUGCAGAGUGCCCCUCCCUCCCAGUUAACUCCCAGUUCCUGUACCUGAGCGCUGACUCAUAUUUAUCGUGUACCAACUCUGACUGGAGUGGACAGAGGGAGGCAGCCCCAGGCCUCCUUGCUUCCCCGGAACUGUCCUUUUCUUCUGAAGUAAAUAUACUUAUAUAAAUAAAUGUUUAAAUACGGCUUUGUAUCUGAA